AUGGAGCAACGGAGUAUCAGGAACUCUUCAAGGAAAAACAACGAGGCCACUACCCAAGCUUUCCUGGGUCUCUUCGCAGAUGUUGUCAACCCAAAGUACCCAUGCCGAGCGCUGAAAAGGGACAAAACAGACCAGCAGCUCCGAGCCGAGAAACUACAGUCUAUCGCAACACGUUCAGUGACUAUCAUUGACACGAUUCCCCCUGAACAAAUCGGGGGCCGAUUCUCUGUGGACAUUGAUAAUUUGGAUAUUCUUGUUACGGCGAAGAACCUUGUUGCUCCACAAGGCCACAAUUGGAAGCCUGCUAUCUACUAUCCCGAGCCGGAGCCGUUCUGUCCUAUCUGCAAAUCACCGCUGGGCCUGCGCUUGUGUACCGGUUGCUCAUGUGUUUCAUACUGCUCGAGGGAAUGCCAGAGGGUGCAUUGGAAAGAUCACAGGGACGUAUGUCGACACAUCACAGGACUGAAGGACAAGGGUUAUGUUGCAAAGGAGAUCGAGACAGCGAACCCGGCUUCAGAAGGCCACGAGGGAGUUUUUGUGGGCGACGAGAUAAUUUUUGAGGGUGUCUGGAGGGUGUUGGAGAACAGCGAGGGGGUUGCGAGUGAUUCCAAACCCUGA